AUGCAGUCGCCAUGGCACGUUAAUAAUUCUUUCCUUUUCAACGAGAAAUUCUCGUUUGAGAUUCAUCAUUCGAAUUUAGAUUCGAACUUGAUCUCCGUUUUCCUUCUCUUCCUCCGCCAUUCCAUACUCACCGCAGGCAAAAACUGGACUUCAACACACAAAAACGACGAGGGCCUAGCUCAACACGAGGGCAAGAAACAAAAUCAAAACCAAAAUAGACGAAUAAACGCGAAAAAGUGUACCAUUCAUCCCGUCGUCUUGAAAGCUUUCCAAUUUCCAGUCACUCGGUGGUUGGAAUCGAAACAGCGUUCAACAAAAAGGAAACUUGUAAACGUUGGUAUCGAUUGA